AUGUCCAACCUGCCCGUUUGUACGAAAGCACUAGUUGUAAAGCCAUCCCCGCCAGGCAGAAAGCCGCUGUACCAUGACGCGGUGCUCGAGGACCAACCAAAUCCCCAGCUCAACCCGGGCGAGCUGCUGGUGAAGGUCAGCGCUGCGGCUUUCAAUCAUAGAGAUCUGUGGAUUCGAAAGGGGCAAUACCCCGUCAUUGCCUUCGGAAGCACUUUUGGUGCUGAUGGCGCGGGGACAGUCAUUGCUGCUGCAAACAAAAAUGAUCCCUUACUGCACAAGCGUGUCUUCCUCGUUCCGAUGAGAGGUUGGGAGAAAGAUCCCGAUGCACCUGAGUCGAACUUCUUUAUCCUCGGGGGUGGUAACGCUGUGCCAAUUGGCACAUUUCGGCAAUACGUAGCUGUCGAACGCGACCAGGUCAUCCUCUCGCCAGAGCACCUGAAUGACGAUCAGAUAGCUGCUUGGCCACUCGGAGCAGUGACGGCAUGGAGGGCCACUAUUGUCAAUGCCCAGAUCAAGCCGGGUGAUAACAUUCUCAUCACUGGUAUAGGUGGUGGUGUCGCACUCAUUGCCCUGCAAAUUGCCGUUGCUCAAGGAGCCAAUGUCUAUGUCUCCUCUGGCAACGAGGAGAAGAUUCGGAAGGCUCUCGUGUUGGGCGCAAAAGGUGGUGUCAACUACAAGCAAAAGGAUUGGCCCGCACGGCUAGGCAAGCUGCUAGUCCAGCAUACUGGAAAGAACGCUCAGCUGAGUGCUGUCAUCGACUCGGCCGGCGGAGACAUUAUGGGCCAGGUGGGUAAAAUCUUGAAAGCUGGCGGCAAGGUCGUCGUAUACGGCAUGACUGCAAGCCCGAAGGUGAACUUCACGAUGCGAGAAGUCCUGAAGAAUCAGCGACUGCUUGGGUCAACCAUGGGAUCGCAUCAGGACCUCGUUGAUGCUACAAAGUUCCUCUCAAAACACCGCAUUAUUCCAGUUGUAUCGCAUGUGCUGGACGGCCUUGAGAAUGCGGAAGAAGGGUUCAAAAUUCUUCAGAAAGGGGAUCAGUUUGGAAAAGUCGUCAUUCGUGUCAAGCACGAUGAUGAGAUUAGGAGCAAGUUGUAA